AGCAGGGAAGAGGCCGGACUGGGACGGACGAGCAGCGACGCCACGCAGUCGCUAUGGGGAUCUCGGGGCUGCUGCCGGUGCUCAAGAGCAUCACCGAGACCAAGUCCAUCGAGCAGUACAGGGGCCGCACGCUCGCCAUCGACGGCUACUGCUGGCUCCACCGCGCCAUCUACUCGUGCAGCCAGGAGAUCUGUCUCGGCCAGGAGACGGACAAAUAUGUAACGUACUUCAUGGAUCGGAUCACGACGCUGCUCCACAACGGCGUGACGCCUUACGUUGUGUUCGACGGAGGCCCUCUCCCUAUGAAGAAAGGCACGGAGGAAGAGCGACGCAAGGCUCGACAGAAGAACAGAGAGUUGGGUGUCCAGCACUACAACAACAAACGCUUCAGUGAGGCCCGCAGGUGCUUUAUUCGAGCCGCAGACGUGUCGCCGUACAUGGCUCAUCGAGUCAUCCAGCAGCACCUUAAGGCGCACAAUGUGCAGUACGUAGUGGCCCCGUACGAGGCAGACGCUCAGCUGGCCUACCUGGUGAAGAAUGGACUUGCGGACGGCGUGAUUACGGAGGACUCGGACUGCCUUCCAUUCGGAUGCCAAACUGUGCUCUUUAAAAUGGACCGCGACAAUGUUGCACAGGAAAUCCAAGCCGUCAACCUCAAGAAGAACAAGGGGUUGAGCUUCCACAUGUUCACUGAGCAAAUGUUCCUGGAGAUGUGCAUCUUUUCAGGUUGUGACUACCUACCAAGUAUCUCUGGCUUCGGUUUGAAGAAGGCUUACACUGCCAUGAAGCAGCACGGGUCUUUUACUAAGAUCAUCCGCGCGUUGCGUCUCGAAGGAAAAGUUCGCAUCCCUGCAUCCUAUGAAGAUGACUUCAGGAAGGCCGUUUUAACUUUCCGUCACCAGCGGGUGUAUUGUCCCAAGAAAAAGGAACUGGUUCCGCUAACCCCGAUUCCGGCAAAUCUGCUCGAAAUUGAUCCGACAAUGGACUUCGUAGGACCUAUGCUGGACAGUGAUAUUGCGCAGGCAAUCGCAGAUGGAGACAUGGACCCGAUCACUAUGGCGCGAUUCCCCAUCUCAGCACCACCCCCGCGCCGCAGCAACUUUCAGCCCAUCAAGCCAAAGGCUGCGAUCACCUCGUUCUUUCAUGCCUCAGAAUCUGCUGCUGCCGCUGUAUUCAACGCCCCUCGAUCAAGCCAAGCUCCUGCGAAAAGAAAACUUCCGCCGUCGUUCAUGGACAAAUGGGCAUCC